AUGCUUUUGGGCCAAUUCAAGAACGUUGAUGAGGCCGAUUGGGUUCUCUGCAACACUAUCUAUGAACUGGAGCAAGAGGCAGCGAAUUGGCUAUCUAAGCUCUGGCCCAUCAAAACCGUUGGCCCAACAAUCCCAUCCAUGUACUUGAACAAGCAAUUGUCAGGCAACAAAGACUAUGGGCUCAGCAUCUUCAAGUCCAACUGCAAACAAUGCAUGGAUUGGCUUGACAACAAGCGCAAGGGGUCGGUCAUUUACGUCUCAUUUGGUAGCAUGGCAAGUCUAGGCCCCGAACAAAUGGAAGAACUCUCUCAUGCACUGAAAAACACCAAUCGCUUCUUCUUAUGGGUUGUCAGGGCCUCUGAAGAGGCUAACCUCCCUCCGAACUUUGACCCGUCCGAAAAGGGCCUAAUCGUGUCUUGGUGCCCGCAGCUUGAGGUGCUGGAUCACCACGCUGUGGGCUGCUUCGUGACACAUUGUGGAUGGAACUCGACACUGGAGGCACUGAGUUUGGGAGUGCCCAUGGUGGCAAUGCCUCAGUGGACGGAUCAAGGAACGAAUGCUAAGUACAUUGAGGAUGUUUGGAAGAUCGGGGUGAGGGCUGAGGCGGGCGAGGAUGGGAUUGUGAAGAGAGGAGUAGUGGAGAAGUGUCUGAGGGAAGUGAUGGAAGGGAAGAAAGGAGAAGAGAUGAAGAGCAAUGCAAAGAAAUGGAAGAGAGUGAUGGAGGAAGCUGUUAGUGAAGGUGGGAGCUCUAAUAAGAACAUCAAUGAGUUUGUUGAUUCCUUGAUUCACAAGGAAUUGUAA